AUGGAUCGCAUGACUGAGAAGGGCAGUGUUCCACACAACGUGGUUCGGUACUUUGAUUUGAGCCUGCAUGGGCCAAGCAGCAAUGGGGCUUGCAGCGAAUGUGGGAUGCAAGUGCACCAGCUGAAAGAGGAAAAUGAAACCUUGAAGGCUGAAAUCCAAAGCCUGAAGAGGCUUCAGGAGGAGCACAGCUAUCUUACUGAAGCUGGCAAGAUGGUCAAGAGGCUGAAGAGGAUCCUCAACAAUGUUGAGAAGAAGCAAGACGAUCCCGUAAUUGCUUGCACAAAGGUUGACAUAGGAGGCGGGACACUAAUUGACAAGAGUGUGCUGGAGCAGCUCAGCCGGGCCUGUGGCAGUGGCCGUGGCAAAUUUGCCAGGGCACUUUUGCGCCACGUCUUCACUGACGCUGAGCUCCGCGGCAAGUCUCUCUUUGGGGGCGAGGCUGUUCAGAAGGAGGCCCUUGACACUGCUCACUCUAGCAGGACCUUAGUGACUGCGCAGAUGCAGAGCCCCAUCACAUUGGUGUGA